UAAAUAUUGAUAAUAUCGUACAUGCCGUAGAAUCAUUCAAAGUUAUGCAAGUGUUUUAAUCUAGGUUUUUAUCAGUUACUCAACAAAUUAACGUAUUAGAUUGAAGUACAACCUUUGAAUAAGGAGUUUAUCUAAUAGAUUUGUUUAACAGUUCAUUGAUUAUAAUUAUCAACAUCUUAUGACCUUCAUUGCUGUCUUGAUGAAUGUUUUUAAAGUGCUAUAAAUAGUGUCGUUCAUUUCCCGAUACAUUCCAGCAUCAGCAACUGACCAAGAUCAUGGCUUCAAACAACAAACGGAUAAUUGUGAUCGGAAUUGAUAACAGUGAGUUUGCAGAAAAAUCUUUUGAUUGGUAUGCUGACAAUAUCAGAAAACCAGAUGAUGAGGUUAUUUUAGUGCAUUGCCCUGAAACAUAUGACUUCACUAUGGCAAGUCCAGGUGUUGUGAAACAGUUGUUAGAGGAACUGGAAAAAGCAGUUAAAACUAUCGAAGAUAAAUACAGAGCCAAAGCAAAAGGGAAAAAUAUUGAUGGAAAAUUUAGGACUGGUCAAGGGAAACCUGGUGAACUUCUUAUACACAUCGCAAAAGAGGAAAAUGCCACCAUGAUUAUAACGGGAUCACGUGGUUUGGGGAAAAUCCGCCGUACAAUUUUGGGAAGUGUCAGUGACUAUGUCAUUCAUCAUUCACAUGUACCAGUACUAGUAUGUAAAGGCUAAAAGUAGGUCACUGCAAGUAACGCAGAAGAAACUGUAUACUCAUUUCAUUAAUAUAAGGUUGUAAUGUUCGCAUUUUCGUCUUGAGAUAAUUUAAUUUGUUUAUCAUUCAAUAAAAUUUGAAUUCAUUUAA